GUUUCGCCGCUGCACUGUUCGCUAGAUCCUACAUUGUCGAACAAAAUACUAUUUACGAAAUUAAUUAAACACAAAUAAUCUUCGUUUUAAUCCGGCUUACUAUUGAUAGUGUAUCUGACUUAUUUGGUGACGAUAAAAUGGUAGGAGGUUGUUACGUGCGUGAAAAAAAUAUUUAGAUGCUUGGAAACCACAAGAGCAGAUCGAUUUUCCUUUGAAGGAUGGUGCGUUAGUAUAAUAUCCUUUGAUUACACCCAAGAUCUCAGCAAAUCAUCACAGCGCCCGCAUGAUAUACACUUUCAAGGAAUUCGCAUGCCGCGCGUGGUACAUCCAUUUAUAAAAGCCUGUGUUAACAUUAUCGGUCAUUGGGGCACGUGUGAGCAGCCAAGAUGAAGGUGUUGGUGUAUUUAUUUAUUUUGUGUAGUUUUAGUGCAGCGAACUUGAUUCUAACUCCGAAAGACAUUGAAGGGCUUUUUACGAAGUAUGUACUGAAGGAAUUGACGGAAGACGAAAAACAUGUCUUGAAACAAACGCUAGAUAUCGCACGGUUGCCGGAACCCAGGUCGGCAGAAUCGUCGGUUUUUGGUAGAGCAAGUUUUGCAAGAAUGAGUCUUGACUGUGUAAUAUGCCGAAGUGCGUUUAGCGCUCUCUUCACCGGUAUACAGCGAGGACAGACAGACGAGGAAGCGGCAGAAUACAUGACUGCAGUGUGUAUCAAUCUUGGCAUCGAGAGUGCCAAUGUCUGCAGUGGAGCUGUCGCGCUGAACAUUCCCAUUAUAGCUCACAUCAUUAGAACCGUACCAGCAGCUACACCGAACGCUUUUUGCGGGCUAGUUCUUCAAAGAGUUUCGGACCCAAAUUUUUGCCCGAUCAACGAUUCAAGGUUCGAAUGGCAAGUUGAUUUACCAGAAAAAAGCAGCUCAUUACCUGUAAGUACACCUUCAUUAAUCAGAACACGGAUUUAGAAGUUUUACAGUAUU